CCACGCUACAUAAUGAGGUUCACGGUCCUCCGGUGUCGCUGUCGAUUGCGAUGGUGGUGGUGUUGGCGAGUUCAAAUCGGGAAUCGAUUAGUUUAAAAAUAUCUCCCCCGCCGCUCCCGUGCGGAAAAAAGAAAAAUCGUUCGCCCGUCACAGGUGUUGAACAAAGGAGGCGAUGGAUGGGGCGUCGAUCGAGUGCGGUAACAAUGGUAAACGAGCGAUGCGAUGGCGUUCGUCGAUCGUGCGGACACAAUGAAAUAGAGCAAAAGCGAGUUUUGCUUACUUUCGACGGGGAUCAAAGGGUGCCAUGAGCGAUUGCCAAGGGCAAACCCGUGGCGAUUACGUGCGUCUUGAUCAGGCGAUCCUGAGAAAUUGUAAGACAUUUAGAGAAAGAUAACGUGGAGUAGUGAUUAACAAGUGCUUAUUGAUGGUUUAUCAAUGGCUCAUAUCAUAAUGUUUCAAGCAUACGGUCCGCCACACUGCAAACCGCACACUUUUAGUUCGAUCCAAAUGCGAAACGGCAGCAUUGCACCGUCCCACAAACGGUCGGGAGUUUUCCCGUCGGCCACCUGCGAGCUGUACGAGUUCGUUGGCCAGGGAGUGGAACGGAUCCAGAUUGUUUUCUCCGAGUUUCGUCUGCCCUCCAAGCUGGAACCGAACGAAUGUGGCGAGACGGACAUUCUGAUGGUAUUCUUCAACUUCGACGGUCGCGAUGAAGUAGUGGAAACUCUCUGUGGAGACACCCUCCCGAAGCCAAUUCUUUCCAAUGGACCACGAUUGCUGCUGGAGUUCCGCAGCACCUUCAACAACACCGAGAACAAAGGAUUCACAGCGGAUUUUAUUUUUCUGACAAAUUUUGGUGUUUCCACCGGUCAUCAGCCGAGUCCUUCGGAGUGCAACUUCUACUAUUUCAAAAACGCCUCCAACCAAGGAUGGAUCCAGUCGCCCAACUUUCCCGGCGCCUAUCCAAGAAACAUUCGCUGCAAUUACUAUUUCUACGGUGAUCCGCUCGAUUAUGUUCUGAUCCGAUUCACCUAUUUCGACAUCGAGGGAAUUACACCCUGCGACGAGGACUCCGCCAGCGAUUAUGUGGAAUUUUCUAAUUUUAACACCCGCGAUCGAAAGUACCCCUUCUACUGUGGUACGCGGCGGGAUCUGAUCACCCGCUCGGACGGGCGCUUCUUCCGCAUCAGCAUGGUGUCCAACGAUCGGUUGGACGGGACCGGGUUCAGGGCGCUGUACGCGUUCGAGAGCACCCUGAACAUGAUGGGCCCGGGCAGCGGGGCCAUCGGCAGCGGCGGCCUUUACGGCGUGGGAGUGGUCGGGGCAGCCGGGGUUCCCUUCAUUCCCGGCCACUACCAGGUGGCGACGUCCACGACGACGGAACGCAAUGUCGCGGCGUCGGUGGCGAAGGUCACCAGCGGGAAGCGUGGCGCUGGGAUGCUCGCCGCCAGCUGCAGCGCCCGGUUAGCGUUCCACUCCGACACCUCGGUUCUGCUGUCAGGUGUGCUGUUGCUGUUGCUUGUUCUACCGGCCCUGUUCGCGUCGCAGCUGACCGCGAAUCCACCGGCGCCGACAUCGUCACCAACGGUAGUGGGAGUCUAAACGAGCAUCCCGCCAGCCAGCAACGGCAAUGCUCACGUUCCCCUUCGGGAAGGUGGCGCGCACCGGUUGAAUAAAUACGGGCGUCCAUCAUCCGUCGCGUCGCGUCCUCGUGCGGUGGCGGCAAAGCAUAUCCGGCAGCGAGAGCAUCAUUUUCACGGACCACACGGUGUUCCAUCUUCGUCGUCGUCGUCGGGGCUUAACCAUCCACAAUCCUAUCAGCCAAACGUGGUUGGAAAGUCAGGAAAGUAAAUAAUUAAAGUGUCGGUCUGAUGGGAGUGAAAGAAAUUCCGUUUUCAGUCUGAGGUUUUUCGUGCAAAGAAGUCUUUUCGAAAAACAUGCAUUAGAUCAGCCGCACGGCAAAGCACACAAAGUUUUUCCCUCUGAUGGUAAAAUUAUCAAUGUACAUAGACAUGAACACGUCGUCGUCGUCGGCUUAGCAACAUGUGAAAAAGAGAACCCAAUUUUCUCCCUUUGAUAGUGACCUACUUGAUUGUGGUAGCAACGAGAAGAGACAUCCAUGUUCACACACAUCCUGAAAUUAGAAAAUUCAUGUGCGACCCCGAAAAAAAGCUCCAGAACGCGAAUUCGCACAAAAUGAAACCACAAAACUAUGGCGACCGCGCAGUAAUUGACCGCCAGC